GUUCGCUCUAUUGGAUCAAUCUUGAGUGAAGUGUUCAGUGGGAACAUUACUUUUGGGGAUACUUGUUGGAUAAUCUUUUGCACCCCAAAUGACUGCAAGACCACAUACUAAAGAAAGUGAAAUAAAAUCCGCGGAAAUGCAGCCGGACUUGGCUGACACUCUGUCUGGACAAGAUGAAAUUUCAAAUCGUAGUGGUGAUGCAUUUAGUGUUCAAGAAUUUGGUACAGAUUUCAAGUUCAAACAUAAAAUUGUUUGGGAAAAUGCUUUGGCGUUUUUGGUCUUUCACAUUGUGGGACUUAUUGGUCUUGUAGAAGUACUUACCCUUCGUGUAAGCUUUCUAACAACUAUCUACACUUACCUUGUGCUAUGGAUUGGGGGGAUUGGACUGACAGUGGGAGGCCAUAGAUAUUUCACUCAUCGUACCUUCAAAGCAAAUAAAAUCAUGAGGCGCGUUCUCAUGUUUCUCUUUGUGCUGAACGGACAAAAUUCAUUGUGGGAAUGGGUCAGAGAUCAUAGGCAACAUCACAAGUAUUCAGAUACAGAUGCUGAUCCUCACAAUGCCAGCAGAGGAUUCUUCUUUUCUCACGUAGGCUGGCUUAUGUCCAAGAAGCAUCCUAAGGUGAUCGAAAUAGGUAAAGGGAUCGAUAUGUCGGAUAUCGAAGCAGAUUCAUGGAUCAUGUUCCAAAAGAAGUAUUUUCUACUGAUUUACAGCUUAAUAUCUAUUGUGGUUCCUACCAUUAUCCCAAUCCUGUUGUGGAACGAGGAUCCCAUAAGAUCCUUCAUCGUUUGUUACGUCACCAGAACAACCAUUGGGCUUAACUUCACGUGGUUCGUGAACAGCCUGGCCCAUUUGUACGGAACACGUCCUUACGACAAAACCAUCCUUCCCGUACAAAGUCGUUUUGUAAGCUUCUGUGUACUUGGCGAAGGCUGGCACAACUACCAUCAUGCCUUCCCUUGGGAUUACAAAAUAUCAGAGUAUGGACAUCCACACAAUUUUGCAGCAACAAUUAUUGAGUAUUGCGCUAAGAAGGGUUGGGCGUAUGACUUGAAAUCAGCCACAGAAGAAUCCAUUAAGAAUCGUGUUGAACGGACGGGAGACAAUUCCCACGAUAAGUAUGGUGAUCCUGACAAUUAUGAUGGAUGGUAUACUUGGAAGGACUUAUGGAAAAGCCCUUACAAUCCUAGCUACUCGUCUAAACUUCAACCCGAACCAGUUAGAAUUACUAGACCAUACAUUUUGCAUGACACGGAAAAAUCAGAAUAAUGUGUGAUACAUGAAAUACGUUUACUUUUUACUUCGUUGUUAAACUUAUUCUACGUGAAUAUGGGAUUCGAUUAUCAACGGGUUUGUAAUGUGAUUUAAUGAAUAAAAAGUGCUUUUCCGGCCCCAGCUUAUCACGAAGACUUGGGGUUCAAGCCGAAAGCUUUGGAAUUAA